GAGGAAGUGUCAGUCUCGCGUUAGCUUGUGAGGAGGACAGACCGAUAGUGUGUUUGUCUGUUUCUUUCGGAGGACUGAGAGAAAGAGAGAGAGAGAAGGAGAGCAGAGAGUGAACAGCUCAACUCGGGGUCUUUACACUGGUGACUGGCGUGUGUGUGUGUGUGUGUGCUGACGUUGUGGGGUGAGAAAGACGCUGAGGUGCUGCUGUCUGUAUAGGCUCUGAAAAGCUUGUGCUGACUAUUGUGCUGAGUUGACUUAAAGAGAGAAAAAGGAGGAAGAGUGAAAGAGAGAGAGAAAGACAGAACGAGAAGGAGGGAGUGAGAGAAAAGGGAGAAGUUGAAAAGUUGACCAGAAGGAAAGGAAGGUAAGGAAGGAAAGCCUGUAAGGAAAAGAAGGAAAGGGAGACUGAAAGAGAGAGAAAGACAGAAAGAGAAAGAGAGAGUGAAAAAAAGGGAGAAGUUGAAAAGUUGACCAGAAGGAAAGGAAAGGAAGGAAGGAAAGGAAAGAAGGAAUAGGAAAGGAAAUUGGAGAGAAAGAAAGAAAAGAGGGAAGAUAUAGAUUUUAAAACAGGGUAAAGUCCCGUAGGUAGAAUAACGCUAAGAAAGAAAGAAAAUAAAUGCGAAAUAAAUAAAAAAAUCACGAAAAAGUAACAGAAUUUGACACCAGGAACAGAAAAUAAACGGAAAUCGAUAUAACAAGGUAGAUAAAGGAAAGGAAAAAAGCCAAACCGAACCAAAAGGAAGAAGAAAAUAUAAAAGACUUUGAGACUGAAAAAAAGAAAAAGAAAAGCGAAAAAGUGAAAAAAAUUAAAACUUCACAACGUUACAGAUUUGAACACUGGGGAGAAGCGCCUUACAUAUAGAAAAGAAACACACACACAAAAGAACGAAAUAAACAAAAACAAAGAAGAUAAAAAAAAGUCAAACCGAACCCAAAGAAGGAAGAAAAUAUAAAAGACUGAGACUGAAAAAAGAAAAAAAAGCGAAAAAGUGAAAAAAACAUAGAAAAGAAACACACACACAAAAGAACGAAAUAAACAAAAACAAAGAAGAUAAAAAAGUCAAACCGAGAACCCAAAGAAAGAAGAAAAUAAAAAAAAGACUUUGAGACUGAAAAAAAAAGAAGAGAAGCGAAAAAGUGAAAAAAAUCAAAACUUCAAAACGUUACAAACUUGAACACUGAGGACAAGCGUCUUAGAUAUAUAAAGGAAAAACACACACACAAAAAAAAAACAAAGAAAAAAAACAGUUUAUCCAAUACCAAAGCACAAAAAAGCAGAAAGAAAUAAAACAAAAAAAUAAAACAAUUAAAAAAAAACAUUAACACCAGAAAAACAGAAAAAAAACAGGAAUAAAGGAACCAAAAAAACAAAACUCGAAAAUCCGCUCAAAAAACACCCACGUUACUAAUUCGUGCACCGAGGUCACGCGCCGCCACCCAGGACCAUGAUGAUGAACGAACCAGUCCCCGUUUCCACCCCCCUGCUGGGCCACUACGAGUCGCCGCUGCCCCCCCUGUACGAGCCGCCCCCCGCGUGCCCCCCCAAGCCGCGCCUCAUGUUCAAGAUGCCCCGCGUCGUGCCGGACCAGAAGAGCAAGUUUGAGUCCGACGAGCUGUUCAGACGCCUGGCCAGGGAGACGGAGCAGGUCCGCUACACCGGCUUUCGCGACCGCCCUUCUGAGGAGCGGCGCCAAAAAUUCCAGAGCCAAUGUCGAGACGGAUUCACAGAGCUGGCCUUCGUCAACACGGGGACCAACCUGCUUCUCUCCUUCACACCUGCACCUGGCGGCUACUCACCUGACGUCGACUUCAAUAAGGAGCCGGGCAAGGUCCACAUCAAAUCCCACUUCAUCAUGAACGGAGUCUGCGUGAGGUGGCGGGGCUACGUUGACCUGGAGCGGCUGGACGGCGUGGGCUGCCUCGAGUAUGACGAAGACACGGCUCGCCUGGAGGACGCCUUGCUGAGGGAGGAGCUCGACAAGUACAAGGCAAAGCUGCGAGAGUUUGAGGACAAGCAACGAUCCUUCAAGCCGUUCGCCACCGCCUCCACCGCAAAGUAAAAGAAAGAAAGAAAAUAGGUGAGGUAAAAGAAGAACAACAGGAAGAAGAUGAGGAGGAAGAAAAAGAUGCUAUGAGAUAAAAGCGAAAAAAAUAACAAGUACCGGCUGGAAAAAGAAGAAGAGGAAGAGGCGGUGAAAGAAAACCGAAGAGAAAGAA